GGGUGGGGGAUAACUACAGUCACUGUUGGACGAAGUAGAAGUUCGCCAGGGAUUUGUUCUUUUUUUGUGAGCAGCAGGGGAAAAAAACAUGGCAAAUCAAUCUGCACAGCCUCCUUAUCUUCACUUGGCGGAACUGACGGCAUCCCAGUUCCUCGACAUCUGGAAGCAUUUUGAUGCCGACGGUAAUGGCUACAUUGAGGGCAAGGAGCUUGAAAACUUCAUCACUCAGUUGGAGAUUGCACGGAAAGGAGCAGGUGUGGACCCCUCAAAUGCAUCUUUCAGAGACAAGAUGACAGAGUUCAUGCAGAAAUUCGACAAGAACAAUGAUGGGAGGAUUGAGCUGUCAGAGCUGGCCCAGAUUCUGCCAACAGAAGAGAACUUCCUGCUUUGCUUCAGACAGUUUUUGGGCUCCAGCUCUGAGUUUAUGGCGGCCUGGCGAAGGUAUGACACAGACCGCAGUGGCUUCAUUGAAGCAAAUGAACUGAAGAACUUUCUCUCAGACCUCCUGAAAAAGGUGAACAGGCAUUAUGAGGACCAGAAAUUGCAGGAAUACACGCAGACAAUCCUCAGGAUGUUUGAUCUGAAUGGGGACGGGAAACUGGGGCUCUCUGAAAUGGCAAGGCUUCUACCAGUUCAGGAAAAUUUCUUACUGAAAUUCCAGGGCAUCAAGCUGACCACUGAACAGUUCAACAGCAUAUUCACAUACUAUGACAAGGAUGGAAAUGGUUACAUUGAUGAGAUGGAGUUGGACUAUCUCCUGAAGGACCUCUAUCAGGAGGCUCAGACCCAGGACCUAGCCGGCUAUAAAAAAAGCAUCAUGGCCUUGUCAGACCAGGGUAAACUGUACCGCACAGAACUGGAAAUCGUACUGUGCCGGGAGCCCAUUGUACUGUGAUUUUACUGUGCUGGAAGCCCUGAAUCACAUUUCUCUUUCUGCUGCCUGACUACUGUAACCAUGUGCAUGUGCCAGGCACUACCACUUUUCUUUGUGUGUGUUUUGAAUGAAUGUGCACUACAAAGCACAAAAAAGAUUUCAUCAUUUUUAAUUUUCUGGCUCACCACCUAAAUCCCUUUGGCUUGAGGACAGACUGUCCAGCUAUGGUGUUGCCCUCUGCUCAAUUUUUAUGAAUUUCAAAUGGAUUUUAUUGAAUCUUACUGAUAUAUUAAUAGUAUGAACAAGCAUAUGAUGCUAUGAUAUAUUAAUUUAACUGUCUAUUUAUUUAUCUAUAUUUUUAUUUAUUUAAUUGCAUCCCCUGGUAUUCUGUCAGGGUUCCUUUUUGUCUUUGGUUUGAUUAUAUUACUAUUAUUAUAUUUUCAACCGUUUGAGGUUAUGCUGUUUUCUUUCUUUGGCUGAUACUGUUAGAGGAUGUUACUGAGAGAAUUAAUAAAAGACUAGGUGACUUA